AUUUAAGGUGGAGCCAAGAACAAAGACUUUGACAGGUUGAUAUUAUAUGCUAUUCUCACAAUUCCAUCACCUUUCCUAAAGAACACGAAUAAUAAGAUGGCAUCUCUACGAACUGUCGGACCUUCAUAUCGGACAGCUAUGUCCAUGUCAGCACCACUACUAUCAGCUGGCAGGAGGAGAGCAUUUCAAACAAGUGCAAGAAUCUUGGCCGAACAGGUAAAUGAUACAAAAACACAGAAUAAACCACAAUCAUCAAUCGUUUCGCCAUCUCCCCUUUCACCUUCUACACCUCCACCAAAGGCACAUAGUAAGACUACCGUUUUCUUUGUCACCUUACUUGGUCGCUUGAUGGGUUACAACUCCACAACUUCGAGUGCAAUCCGAAUCUCGUCAGAGUUGUACGAUAGAUGUGCUGAACAGGCAGAGAAAGAGGCAGACUUCUGGUAUGGAGAAUGCGGACUACCUCGAUCUUACCAAAGCUGGUUCCAAAUUACAAAUUUACACGUUCACCUACUUCUUACCCGAUUCCGUGCCUUACAACCCCAAUCUACAGCACAUGCCUACUCGCAAGAAUUGAUCAAUCACUACUUCAUCGAUGCAGAAAGUAGGAUGCGUGAAAGAUUUGGCGUCCAGACAUCAAGAUUGGUAAAAGGUUAUUUACGUGAAAUGCAUUCACAACAAAGAGGUGCAAUCUUGGGAAUGGAUGAAGCAUUGUCGUACAGUAUCACAAAAGAAACCGAUCGUGAACGAUUUGCAGAUGCAGAUGCCGCUUUGGCAACCGCACUUUGGCGUAAUUUGUGGGGUGCUGGUGGUUGGGGUGAAGGUGUUGGUGGAGUGAAGAGAAAGAUUAGAGGAAUUGAUCGAUUCUCCGAAGAAGAAAAAGCAGCACGUGAAAAAGCCGGAAAGAGUGCAAAAGAAAUCGAUGAAGAAGCUGAACAAGGUGUACCAGAAUUGGCUUUAGACGUUGGAGCAAAACCAUCCGAACGGGAAGAUUAUAGUCAAACUGCCACAAGCCAACUUCCCUCUGAUAAUCUGCAUUUUGCCGUCGCACUGCAGCGUUUGGUAUCAUGGUACAGACGGGAAACGGUUCGCCUAGGCAAGAUUUCUAAUGAGGAUUUGGAACGUGGAAGGGUAGGUGCCGAAGCGGUAAACCAGAAACAUUCUAAUAAUAUGCCACAAAUGCUUGAAGAGCUGAAGAGACUGCCAAGUGUGGCCAACUUUUCAAAGAUUUGAUGGGAAUACUUGUACAUUUUUUGUUAUGAUUGAAUGGGAU